UGGUAUGCGCGACCAAGCUUUGAAUCGGCUUCGGUAACGGAGGGAAAACCGUCUUUCGGGUCGUCAAAUUAUGUUCUCGGCUCGUUUUAAUAGUAUGCCUCUGUAUGUUUUGGAUUCUCCCCUAAAUAUUUACAGAAACUGACAUUUUACUUCCCCCGCUGGCUGUCAUCGUCAAGCCAGGCAGCUUCAAAAGGAUAUUAAAAACUGCCUCAAGAUAAUGCACGCCUGACAGACUGCCGCUUUGCUAACGUUAGCUAGCUAGAAAAUUAGCUAUUUGAUUCAUUUGACAGGCGAAAAGCUAGAAAACAUGACAACUCUAACAAGGCAAGACCUCAAUUUUGGACAAGUGGUUGCUGACAUCCUGUGUGAGUUCCUGGAGGUCGCUAUUCAUCUCAUCCUGUAUGUCCGUGAAGUUUAUCCCUCGGGAAUAUUUCAGAAGAGAAAGAAAUACAAUGUACCUGUGCAGAUGUCAUGUCACCCAGAGCUGAAUCAGUACAUCCAAGACACACUUCACUGUGUAAAGCCACUUAUUGAGAAGAAUGAUGCAGAGAAAGUGGUGGUGGUCAUCAUGGACAAAGAGCAUCAUCCAGUAGAGCGAUUUGUAUUUGAGAUUUCCCAACCUCCACUGCUGUCUAUCAGCUCAGACACAUUACUGUCACAUGUGGAGCAGCUGCUGAGGGCGUUCAUCCUGAAGAUCAGCGUGUGUGAUGCUGUUUUGAAUAAUAACCCACCAGGGUGUUCAUUUACAGUCCUGGUACAUACUCGAGACGCUGCUACACGCAACAUGGAGAAGGUUCAAGUCAUCAAGGAUUUUCCAUGGAUAGUGGCUGACGAGCAGGAGGUCCACAUGCAGGAGCCUCGACUCAUCCCGCUGAAGACCAUGACGUCUGACAUUGUAAAAAUGCAGCUCUACGUGGAGGAGAGAGCCCAGAAAACAUAGGUGCACGCAAUAUUGAAUCAUGAGCAAAGUGUAUAACAGCUUCUCAGAGCUGGAACUGUCAAAAAGAAACAUGAGUUUCUAUUGAACACACGGGAACAUCAAGAAAGAGAUGUGAGGUGUGUACAUUAUGCUGCAGUUGGUGUUAAAGGUUGGACAUGGACAUUUCAUUAAGAAUCACAUCUUGCCCAGACGACUUGCUGUCGGCCCGUGUUCUCAUCACAUGCCGUACACAUGCAUCAAUAUGAUUUUUUUAUUGACAUGUAUUGUGAUUAAUUACUUUCUAUGCAGAUCUUCAGUGUAACAUUAGGAUCCAAAUAUAGCUGUUGCGCUGUAACAAUAAAAUUCCAGGGAAAACGAAUAUAACAAUACCGGUUAUUGACUCAAAUAUCUACCACCAGCAUCUUCAGCAAACUGGUUUCACUGUAACCCUUUCUUAGCUGUGUUGUAUCUGUACUGUAAAAAAUAUCCACUGUUUAACCUUGUGUGGAAAUUGUUUUGCUAAUGCUCCCCCCCCUCGAGGCGGUCUUUUCACCUCCACAGGCAGGUCAGAGGUGAGAUCUUGCUGUUUUUCGCCCACUGUAAUGUCACACUGAGUCAUAGCAGGUCUGUGCAUGGUGUCUGUUAUAUUAUUGGUCAGGGAUGCAGUGUGAGUGUUCAGAAUGAGUUCCUGUGAGUGAGAGGGAUCUUUGUGUGUUUUCUCAUGCAACCAGUGGUAAUGAUCACCUCCAUACAUAUGUGACAAGUACAAAGUUUUGAUGUUGUGACAAAGAAACAGUUUGUACUGCUGAUAGUGUGAUUUUAAUAUGUCAAAAACUAUUAAAUUGUAUUAAAAUGUUUUUAAA